AUGAUGGAGCUUGGGUGCUUGGAAAGAUCCAAUAUAGGCGUGGAAAUUCCAAAGAACAUUGGCAGUGUUGAUGUUCAGCAAUGCAACAGAAAUUCUAGAAAACCAGAGUCAAAAUGCAAAACCGGGGAAGAUCCUUUAUUGCCGAGUGGUUAUUUUUUCAAUACACAAUGGAACCCUGCCAACUGUAAAAGUUAUCUUCCAGAGUCCUCUUCUGCCAUCAGCAAAUGUCUGUCUGGUAAAAUGAUCUAUUUCAUGGGAGAUUCAACAUUGCGCCAAUGGAUUGAGUACAUGCCAAAAGUCAUAAAAACAUUGAAGUUUUUUGACAUGCAUGGAAUGGGCAAUCACAGGGCUCUCUUAGCUUUGGACCUGGACAACCAUUUGUAUGUCAAGUGGAAGAAGCAUGGGCACCCAUUUGUAACUCAUUACUUCUACACCAUGAGAGACUUCUCAUAUAUAGCCAGGGAAAUUGACCAACUCGCCGGAGGAUCAAACACAGUCAUUGCCAUCACGCUGGGACAGCAUUUUAGACCUUUCCCCAUUACGCUUUUCAUCAAAAGACUUCUCAACAUACGUAAAGCAAUAGAGAACCUUUUCAAAAGAAGCCCAGACACAACGGUCAUCCUAAAGACAGAGAAUACCCGAGAGAUCAAUCCAGAUGUAGAACGAUUCAGUGACUUUCAUGGCUACAGUCAGUACCUCUUAAUGAAGGAAGUCUUCUUGGGUCUUAAUGUUGGGGUCAUUGAUGCUUGGGACAUGACCACAGCUUUUGGAUCUUAUGAUGCUCAUCCAGCUGAGACCAUAAUUCAGAAUCAGAUCAACAUGUUACUGUCUUUUAUCUGUUAG